UUCUAUCAUGGAAGACAAUGGCCAGUGACAUUUAAGAAAAUUACUCCGCCUUAUCCUCCCAUAUUUUUACAGUCUACCCACCUGUAAAGAUCCUUCUUAAAGUACUAAUGAAGUACAGUUUGUUUACAUACAUUAUGACUGGGGAAAGCUCGGUGCAAGAUACGGUUUCGAUCAAUGUGAGUGAAAACCACGUAGAGACCUGUCUACCCAUAUCAUCAUGCACAAAAAGAGGUCAAAAUGUGUGUUCACAGAUACACCUGCUUAGUAUGAUCCCACCUGCUCCACUGGCUGAGGCCUUCACAACGGAAAUGUAUCCUGCACUAUCCUGACGUCUGUGAUGUUGACUUCUUUAUGUCUAUGAUGAUGUUUGUAGGUAUGUAUCGUCAUAGCAGAAAAAUAUGUCAAUGCUUGACCACCAAGGCUUUUCAAGCUGACGCAGUUGUCAUGUUAUGUGAAAACUUUGCCAAACUUGAUCUAACCUUCGUCCAUAUUAGUCCGGGGUAGUCAAGACUUCUGGUAACUGCAGGUACUACAAUGAGUACAGGUACUGCCCAUGCUGUGACAUAUAUGACCUGCAGGUACUACAAUCAGUACAGGAAGGGUGGACAUGGGAGGUUAUUUGUCCUGCACUAUGUGCUCCAUCGCUAGGGUUGAAGGUCAGUGGCCUCCCCAUGCGACUGCCGCCGACAAACCAGGUACAAAUGAUCUCACAAGGAUGUCAGCUGGGGACAAUGACCGACAUAACAAGGCACGUGAUCCUGACUCGAUGCUACACCAAGAUGUCAGAUGCACGUGCUGGACCAGGAUUCGCUUGUCAGAUGUGUUAUAUUUCGUGUCAAACACGUCAAGAUGUGUCGGGUGGUGCUAGAAACAAGAAAACACCGGAAGAGUCAGCAGGACGACAUGGCGCUUCAUGCCUGCUCUCAGAUGACCGAGGUCAGUACAGAUCUCUACACACCUGCUGGCUUUCUGAAGCUCGGGUGCCAUUGCAUCACUCCCGCUGGCAGGUACUCGCCGGCAUCACAUCAUGGCGGCACCAGUGCGAUAGCGCCCUCGUCAUGACGUCAGCCUUUCCGAGAGCAGAGGUAAGAACUGCAGAUAAGGCCAUCGCUCCAGAGAUUUUAUACACAAGAUGAUGUGUACAGGUAUUGCUCGUUCGUUGCUGUGCUGGAUAUAAGACUACCUCAGACGCAGGGAUGGGAAGUAGCUGUAGUCUAGCUACAGCUACUGUAGCCGGCUACAAAUUUUGUAGUUUGUAGUGUAGCCGGCUACAAAUUAAAAAAAAUAGUUUGUAGCCGCAGCUACAUUUUAGAAAGUUGCCGUAGCUUGGCUAC